AUGACUACCUCCACUGAGCGACGCCCAUCGCGUCUCGCAAAACUCAAUGCCGGCGACAAGAUCAAGGAUCAAAUGGACCACCUCCUCUACCUCGCCAGCGGGAGAGCCUACCUCGACGACGAAGACGACAACAACAAUGAUAACGACAACAACAACAUCAACAGCAACGAGAAAGAAACUAUUGCUCGACCUGCUGCGCAGUGGAAACGGAGGCCUGCCGAAGGUCCGAGCGAUACCGAGCGCGCCACUGCCACUCAGGAUACAACCUCAACCUCAGCCGCCACUGGUACCGACGUGUCCAAGAAGGCUCGGAGUCGAUCGAAAAGGCAAAAGACAGAUGAAGGCGACGGCGGUGGCGAGGCGGUUGGUAAAGAGUCUUUAGGUCUGGUAGAAGUGGCGGUCAAGCGGAAGCCUGGGCGGCCCAAGAAGCAGCAGUCUGGUGAUCUUGACACAUCUGAUCAGGUGGAGCCAUCAACACUAACGACGGAAGUCGAGAAGAAGCGCGGAAGGCCCAAGAAGCAAAAAGCUGGCGACGGUGACAGUGAUGCUACAGCAGAUCAGGACGAGUCUUCCAUACCAGCAGCGGAGAUCAAGAGGAAGCUUGGGCGACUCAAGAAGCAAGAAGCUGGCGACGUUGACGGUGACGCUACAGCGAAUCAGGACGAGUCUUCUAUACCAGCAGCGGAGACCAACAAGAAGCUUGGGCGACCCAAGAAACAGAAGGCGGAUGAUGGCGUCAAAGGCAAGGUGGGCGAUGUAGAGUCAUCGAUGCCGGCGGAGGCGACCAGGAAGAAACCCGGACGACCAAAGAAACAAAACACAGUUGAGGCAGAGGACGGAGUCGAUCACACAGAGCCAUCAGUACCGACGGAGGAGCCCAAGAAGAAACUCGGACGACCAAAGAAACAAAACACAGUUGAGGCAGAAAAUGGAAUCGAUAACACAGAGCCAUCAGCACCGACGGAGGAGCCCAAGAAGAAACUCGGACGACCCAAGAAACAAAACAUAGUUGAGGCAGAAAAUGGAACCGAUAACACAGAGCCAUCAGUACCGACGGAGGAACCCAAGAAGAAACUCGGGCGUCUUAAGAGGCAGAGGACGGAUGACGACAAGGAAGGUGAGGCCGAGCACCCAGAGUCAACGAUACCAACAGACAAGGUCAAGAAGAAACAGGGACGGCCCAAGAAACAAACGACAUCCCAAGGUGAUGGCGGAAUUGAGCACGACGAGUUACCAGCGGAGGAACCAAAGACAAAAACUGGACAGCCCAUGAGACAAAGGACGGAUCAGGAGAUUAUGAACCAAGUCGAAGCUUUGAUGUCGGCGGAACCCAAGAGACGGCAAGGACGGCCCAAGAAGGAGACAGGAGAUGUGUCUGAAAGUGACGACGAAGAGUCAUUGACGUCAAGGAGAGAGGCCAAGACACGAGAAGGGCGGACCGGGGAUCGACUACAGCAGUGGACAAUCGGCGACAUCCAAGAAAACUCUUCAGACUACAGACAAGAUCUUACGUCAAAGAGCGAUCCAGAUAGUGAUAAGGACGGGAGCAACUACUUGGACGACUCGGACGACUCGGACGACUCGGGUGUUCAAAGUAAAAGAAAAACUCCGACUGGGAAAGAGACGGAAAUGGAUAGGGUGGCACGUGUUCCAGAACGAGAACGGGGGAGACAGGAAAAACUGGAUGGAAAGGAAGCCAGAUCUAAGGCGAAGAAGGAGCUGAAGGCCAAGAACCGGAAGAGGGUCAGGCAAUCGUUCCUGGCGAUUCCUGUCAGCGUCCAACUGGCGCAUGCUGCUGAAAAUAUGGCCAUUCAGGACAAUCAGCAACAGCCGACGGAAACCCUGGAGUACCCGGCCUUGGACCGUCACAACCACAGCCUCAUUUAUCAAGUUCUCAAACCCGAGCAGACAGGAUUGUCUUACCGAUGGCCCGUUCGAGAGGAACUCUUACAUUCCAUCCCUAAAUCAUCUUUUGCAAGUGCGACGGACGAACUCGACGAUAUCGAAAAACACGGCCUGGGGUUUGUGGAGGAGCUCACGGGCGUUCCCAAGAACGAGGAAGACUACAGCGGGACCGACGCAGAGAACGACAACGCUGGAUCUAACGAGGAUGUCCAGGAGACAGGUGAUGAGGAAGAUUCUGAGGGGGAAGACGAUGGUGAUCAAUCGGCGGAGGAGUCAGCAAAGGAGAAAGCAUUGAGACGGAGACGUGAGCUCUAUGCUACGCGCGCGCGUAAAAACGCACUGGAAGGCCUUUUGGAUCGAGAGGAGCCAGCGGCAAGAGAUCGAGGCAAGCGACAUGAGGAUGAGCGAUUUGCUAAUGCUCGUCUGGAGGCGGUGCAGGCAUUGUUCGACGGGGAAAUUGCCCGUUUCGCUCAGGUCCAGUACCGGAAAGGAGUCCAGGAGCGAGUCCAUGACCUGGAGCAGUUCCAAAAGUCGACCCUUUCAGAAUCCUAUCAUCAGGCCGUCCGUGCGCCCAUUGGGUCUGAGCUUUCUGGAUUUGACCAAGAGGACGACUUGACGCGGCUCCAACAGCGGGCGAUUGCGUUUUCAGCCGAGGAUGCUGUGCGAAAGUCGUUGGAUCGGAUGGCAUAUGUGGUGCGACAGGGCUCGUUGCUGCGGAUGCCAGCGAAGCCCAGAAUCGAAAAAGCAGUGUUCAGGAACAAGUAUGAACGUGGAUGGGACACCGUCAUGACCUCUGCAGCAUUGGCCGGUAUCGACGACAGGAUCUUGAAGAAGGUGUCAAUGCGGAUGCAGAACCUGUUGAGCAAGUCCAAGAACAUCCAUCAUUACGAGGUUGCCUCUGAGGGGAAGUGGAUGACUGUCGAGGAUGCAAUCGACAGAGCCAAGGACCCGUCAAGUGUCCCUCCCCAAGAGAAAGCGCAUUUUGUGGACCCCAUGGACCCUGCCUUUGAUCCAAGAGUGUUGGCGCUUAAUGCAAAGCAUCGUCGUCACAAGGAGAAACAUGCCCCAGUUGCAGCAGCUGUCAAGCAGCAACUGGGGAAGGGUUCAGUGAUGAUCUCAACAACAACAAGGUCGGGGCCAUUGUCACCAGUGUUGUCAGUGUCGUCAGGAUCAAGCGCAGGGUCAAGGUCAGGGUCAAGGUCAGAGUCAUGGGCAAGUUCCAAUUUGGGAGGAACUGCAAGUGAGAGUGGCAGUGGCAGUGAGAGCGAGAGUGAAUCAUCUCAUAACAGCAGUGACGACGACGAUGCUGACGGGAGCGGUUGA